AGUUUGCCUUUGGAGGACGUGGAGGAUGGGCUGCUGGAGCCGUUGCUCAACUCUGAUGCGACCUGACGGCCGGCGGCUCUCUGGUGAGUCACAGCUUUGGUGGAGGCCUUCAAAAGAUGUGACUGCAGCUGCGCAGAUGCAGUCAGACACAGAAGAGAGAAGGAUGAAGCAGCUCGUGGUUCUCACCUGCCUGCUUUGUGUGGCUUUCACACAGGACACCGUCAUCGACCCCAGAGGAGCUCGACCGGUGGAACAUGGAACCAGAGACGAGAAAUGUGCCACGCAGAAGGAGUGGCCGUUCUGUCUCGACGAUGACUGGGGCCACAAAUGUCCUUCCGGCUGCAGGAUUCAAGGUCUGAUGGAUAAAUAUGACCAUGACCUGCUGAAAAGGAUCGAGUACAUCCGUGACCAGCUGAAUCAGCACAAGGGAAAGUAUCGCUCUGCCGACCAGGUGUCCAAGCAGACCCACGACUACCUGCGGGAGAAACUCACCGUCGAUGCAGGUCACGACAACAAGUACUUCGAACUGGCCCAGAGUCUGCGUCAGAGAAUCACAGAGAUCAAAAUCAGGAUUGACAGACAGAUGAAAGUCAUGGCCGCCUUGAAGGGGCGAAUCAGGGAACAGGUCACGGAAAUGCAAAGGCUGGAGGUCGACAUCGACAUGAAGCUUCGCUCCUGUAAGGGAUCCUGUGCAACCUACCAUGAGUACCAGGUGGACCAGCAGAGCUACGUCACCCUGGAAAAGCAGGUAGCCCAGCUGGACUCGCAGACGCCACAGAACAUCGAAGCAGCCGGGACGCUCUACGUGAUGAAGAGCCGGCCGCUUAAGGACCUGCAGGUGGACAGCAUCUACAAAUCCAAGGCCGUGCAGGGUCAACAGAAACAGGACCUGUUCAGUGACAUUAAAACGCUUAAGCUUGUCCUGGAGGAGGAAGGCUCCAGCUCGUCUCCCGCAACCGUCUCCAAAGAGCCAGGUACUCCUUUCCCGUCAACAUCAUCAUCAUCAUCCUCAUCAUCCUCCUCCAGCUCUGGUUCCUCCAAUCCAUCAAAGUCCAUCACUGAGCUUGGAGGACGUGGCGACACAGACUUUUUCGGUGGAGGGUUAGGAGGGUUUGGCGGUUUCAGUCAGGCGAGUACAGGCAGUGUGACCACCAAAAGUGUCAGUUGCACCACCCAUAUGAAAAAGGUUGUGGUUCAGACAAAGGCUGGGCCAGUAGAAAGGUACGAGACGGUAACUGAAGGGGGACCAGAGUGCCAAGGGGGAGCUGAUCUCACCAAGGGUGGGCUGACUUCCUUGUUCCCCAGUUUGAGCCACACAUCGUCCUCCAUGUCAACCAAAAGUGGUUUCAGCAGUGGAGCCAAAGGAGGGCUUUUAGGAAAUCCGUUUGAGGGCGACCUUGGGAGCGACCUCGGAGCCUUCAUGACCGACAACGCAGAGGAUGAUCUUCCGGAUUUCCAUGCCCGGAGUCUAGGGAGCACGGUCGUCAACCGGCAGGCCGAUUAUGUAGGAAAAGAUUGUGUUGAAGCCAACCAGAAGCACCUGAAAGGGGAAACAAAUGGCCUGUUUAAAAUCAAACCCGGCGGCGCUGACUCCACACAGGUGGUGGAGGUUUACUGCCAGCAGGAGGGGGUGAUGGGGGGCUGGUUGUUAGUUCAGCAGAGGGAGAGCGGAGCUCUUAGCUUCAACCGCUCCUGGGCCGACUAUCGCGGCGGGUUUGGCUCAGUCGAUGCUCAGGGCAAGGGCGAGUUCUGGCUGGGCAACGAGAACCUCCACCUGCUGACAAGUCAGGGUGAGACCAUCCUAAAAGUGGAGCUGGAGGACUGGGAGGGGGGAAAAGCUAGUGCCGAGUACACGAUGAGGGUAGGCUCAGAACAGGAGGGCUUUCCAUUGCAUGUCUCUGGCUACACAGGAGACGCUGGAGACUCUCUGGCCGCACCAACGUCAGAGAAAGCCUCUGAAGUGACUCACGACGGCAUGAAGUUCAGUGCAUUUGACAAAGACAACGACAACUGGGGGGAGAACUGUGCCGAGGCGUAUGGGGGCGGGUGGUGGUACAACAGCUGCCAGGCGGCUAAUUUAAAUGGGGUGUACUAUAAAGGCGAAUAUGACCCAGCGACAAACACGCCGUAUAAGACCGAGAACGGAGUGGUGUGGUCAUCGUUCAAACCCGUCAACUACAGCCUGAAAACCGUUCGCAUGCUCAUCCGAUCCGCCGCUUUUUAACUAAAGAACAGCGCAGAGUCUUAAAAGCAGAAAACCUUAAGUUUCUUUUUGUAUUUUGGUAAACAAACGAGUCGAGGUGUUUUUUAUUCACCAAAGCGUACUAGGAACCGUCCUCCCACUGUUGACUAGGUUGACAAGGACACUGUUGUUAGCUCUAUCCAUCCAAAGUUCCUGACCUGAUGUUUUCUGGAUUACUGAACUCUGUGGAUCAAUAAAUCACCUUUGUUCCAUCAAUAAAGGUUUGAGAAAUCAU